CUCUUUAUGGGCUGGGAGGAGGAGGAGGAGGCGUGGUGGUCUUUCGGGGCGGGAACGGGAGCGAGGGAAAGGCUUUUUUCCCUUCUUCCUGAGGAGAGCCAGAGCGCGGCAGAGGAGGAGGAAGAAGAGGAGGGCGGCUUCGUCUCAGGGAAGGAAAAGAGAAGGAAAGAAAGAAAAGAAGGAAGGAAGGAAGGAAGGAAGGAAGGAAAAAAGAGGCGCGAGCCAAGGAGAUCGGGGCUUGGAUUUCUUUUCUCCCCGGGCGACGAGGAAGAUGGUCUUCUGGAGGGCGCGGAUCCUGGGCGCGGUGGUGCUCUGCUUCCAGGCGGCGGCCGUCCUGGCGCAACUAGCUGAUACCAGUCUCCCUCCUGAAGAUCAGGACUCAUCUGGUGAUGACGAUGAUGCUUUUUCUGGCUCUGGCGCAGUUCCCUCAGAAUAUCCAGUGGUUGCCUGGAAUGUUCCGCUACAAGAAAGCUCAAAUGUCUCACUGGUGCCCCCAGUGUCUACUGGUUUGGGAGAUCACCAACCUGAGGUUGACAGAACAGACAGUCCUACAGAAGAGUACACAACAGCACCUGUAUCCACAAUAAGCAUGGCUGUAUUUCCAGUUAUUGAUCGGGUGCCUGACAAACCAGAAGAAGCAGUUGAAGAUGGUGGCCUGCACUCAACUUCUGAACAUGUGACGGAAAAAACCACAGUUACAACAACAAGCAUCCCAGUAUCCCACCACAUUUCCACAGCCAGAAUUUCAACCACCCAAACUCCUAGCACAGUAAAAAUUUCUGAGCCUGAGGUCUACCAUGAUGUCCGCCACAUACCCUUCCCUGAUAUAAACAUACCUGCUUCCGAUACUGAGCCUCCCAGUGAGAGAAGUCUGUAUACCACCAGUCUACCUACAACAUCAUCUACUGUUCAGAAGGAUAUCUCUUCUCCGCCUGAAGAAAUAGUACGAUCUGAUGAUGGUUCGGGUGAUGUGGGAGAUUUCGUAUUUCCACAACUUGAUGAAAACCCAGUACUAGAAGAAGAACCAGCACUAACUAAUAGAGGAAUUGAUAUACCAAAGGAUGAGAAAUCUGAAGCAGCUGCACAAGGAAUAUUGGACAGAAAAGAAGUUCUAGGAGGGGUCAUUGCUGGUGGACUAGUAGGCUUGCUGUUUGCUGGAUUCUUAGUUGGAUUCAUGCUGUACAGAAUGAAGAAAAAAGAUGAAGGAAGCUAUUCACUGGAUGAGCCAAAACAGUCAAAUGGAGGGUAUCAAAAACCACAAAAACAGGAAGAAUUCUACGCGUGAACGAGCUGAACGUAGAAACUUUUCUCCUGUCUCUGGACAUCAUGAGUUCUUGCUGCAUUUUAAAGGGGGGAAAAAAACUAAAAGCCAUACGACUGACUAAGCCUCGUGCCUCCUUGCCAUUGGGAACCACUACUAUUUUUUUCCAAAGUCAGUCUGGAUGAAUAAAACCCUUACCUGCCUUCUUGCACAAAGAUUACCUGUAAAAUGGGACAUCUGCCUUCAAUAAGGACUCCUGGGGGAAGAUAAAGAACUGAUUGUAUAUAGUCUUGAUGUCUUACAAAAGCACCAAGAAAUUAGUAAGGUACAAUGUGUAUGUAUAUUAAAGACAAUUCCCCCACCAAACAUUUACUAGCCGCAGGUGUGUGCUUUAAAAAUGCUCUUUUUUAAAUAAGGCUGUUAACUUGGUUUUCAACUGUUGUUCUUCUCCUUUUGAAUGAUAACACUAAAGCCCCUGCAUUGCAGCUGAACAUGAGAAUGACAUGAGAAGGAAGGGCCUCCCCAAAACUGAAAACAUCUACCCAAAAGGGUUGGGUGACUUAAACGGUGGCCAUGGCUAGACUAGGUGAGGUUCCCCUUGAAUUCAGCGGGAGGAGACUUAUACACACUGCUUCGAUACCGGAAGCAACAUAGAGAUGGCACAUGGGGGAAGUGGGUUUUUUUGAGAUGUGCAUCCUUCUCCAGUACUUCUGGUCUGACUGACUAUGGUGUUACCCAUGUUGUUCACUGUUUAUGUGUGUGUGUGUGCGUUUUAGGUCCACUUAGUAGUCCUGGGGCCACCUCUUGUUACCUACCUCUUCUGCAUUGUGUUCCUGAUAAUGGCUACUUCACUGGAUUCUCAAGCCUUCCCUCUCUCUUUUCCUUUCCACGCGGUGCUUAGACUGCUGGGUGUGGCGUGUGAUCCCUACAGGAUGCAGCAUGCUCUGGGGUAAUGAGAGCUCCCGUUUCUGCCAGGUCCCAGGGACCAGAUUCCUGUUAGGCUGCCGUUUGUUUGUUCGUUCGUUGGUAGGAGGAAUUCAGGGAGCCUCGGCUCAGCACGCAGCGCCUGCGGGGGCAGGGAUGAGCAUCUGUUCUGGCUUUUAUCUCAGUCCAAUGUGUGUUAGAGCAUUAACAGAGUUUGAAGAUCAAAUGUCUUCUGUGUAGAAGAGGGAGAUAAUGAGGAAUUGUGUGCCUUCCAUCUCUUUUGUGAGACCCAAAUGCAAGGUGAGGGUCUUGUCGGUUUGUAUGUCAGUGAGGCCAAAUUAAUAUGAAUGUCAGCACUUCCAAAGCAGUAUUUAAGUGUGUUUUAAGAACACUGUGUGAGGAGGGGAGGAAGUGGAAGAGCAAUCUUGGAAAAACAGGUAAACUGAUGUAGAAUAAUAAGUGCAGAUGUAUGAUUUCUGUAAUGUACAGGAUGACAUGGAUGUUAAAUAUACUAAAAUGUUCUGUAAAGGUUUUGGUUUACCUUUUCGGCUUUACUUUCUUUCACCACUUAACACUUGUUGGCUUUCAAAAUGCCUUCUGUUUCUAACAGGCGUGUAGGCAAAAGGAUGAAUUGACACUAGUGCACUAUUAGUAAACAGUACAAUCAGAAGCUUGUCUGGGGAGGAGAAUACAUCUUUCAGGUACAGCAUAAUUGUGAGUUGCCAAUCACACAUUUGGUGCCUUCUGUAUUUCUCCCUGUUGAAAAAGAUCUUGACGAUUACAUUGAUGAGUUUAAACAUCUCUUCAGCAAGUUAAACUUUUCUGGCAUCUUCUGACCUACAUUUCUUACGAAGCAACUACACCCAACUACUUUUUUACAGUGAGGUUUUAAGUGGUGGAGUGUCCUUUUUAUGUAUUAAGAGAUGGUCUUUGACCUCAGAUGUAGAAAACACUUCUAUUUGGUAAGACUAAAGAUACAAUUGUUUGUUUUAAUGCUCAAGAUGAAACUGGAAUCCUGUAACUGUAAAUGGAACAAACUUACUGCUAGUUUCCAGAUGUAAGUACUUCAUUUUGUUUUGUAUUUCACAAGCAUACACAUGCAAUAAAAAGGCAGGCUGCCAAAAUGAA